AUGGUUGUGAUGCUGUCUCAGGCGGCGGAUGCACGACUAACUUCGCCACGUGAAGCUAACAACAGUCGGGAACCGAAGUUAGAGCAAGUAGAUGCUUCAGCGCUAGCAGGCGCGGCGAUAUUAUGUGAAAACUUAAAACCGAAAGCGUUUGUGGAGCCGCUUCGCAAAGAAGUCGACAAUAGCGACGUUCCAAUCCUAAACAAUAUCAAGCAAUACUUGCACGACCGCAGAACUUCCUUUAUUGUUGCCGCUCCUCAGCACAGAACUAUAUUCAACGAUCUGCACGACUCGCCCAAGUGCAAAGGACCGAAGCUGAUUAACUGCCGCCCGAUGCCUCUAAGCAAUCAUCGCGUUAAUAAUAACAACAAUAUAAACAAUAAUAACAAUUAUAGUAUUACGACAAGCAACGCGGAAGGACUGCUGAACUCUUGCGAUUACAAAGCGAUGCGCUACUACCGGAUAUGGAUCUACACGUGUAACGCCGUGCUUAUGUUUGCAGUUCUGGCGUUCUGCAUAGCGGCCGGAAAACUGCUCGUCAACGACUACAGGCGCCAUCUCAUUCCACACUUGACGCUACAUCAACCUAGUUUGGUUUAUGCUUAUCUUGCUCUCUUGGCUCAAAGUGGCCUCCUUCAAGCAGUGGGAUGUUUAGGCGCUUUGCGCCUCAACGAACGUCUUCUGAACAUAUAUUGGUUGUCGUUGCUAUUGCUUUUACUCGGAGACGCUGUGGUUGGAAUCUACUGGAUCUUUCGUUUUGAAAUGAUUCGGGCCGAAUUAAGACCAGCUCUUAGAGAGCGUAUCUCUUCUACCGGAGAUUAUGGUACCGAUACAGAGUUUACAGAAUUAUGGGAUCGAUUACAAAGGGAAUACUCUUGUUGUGGUGUCGUGAGUGAACAGGAUUUUCUUACGGGAAAUCGAUCGCGAGAUGAUUGGAACGCUCCAAUCAGCUGCUGUGGUCGAUUCACUACUCAACUAGCCGAUAAUGCGACUCGGGUGUGCCACGCAUCUAAUAUGGCAGGGUGUGAAGAAAAACUCUUAAGUUGGCUGAAACAAACGGCCGAUGUUUUAUUUGUUUUAGGAUAUUGUGUGAUUGCCUUUCUUAAAUUGUGUUUUCUCGGAAUACUAAGGUACGAAAUAAAAGAAAUGAUACAAAAAAUUAAAAUUCUUCAAAGUGAACUUAAUGCUGAACUGACAGCAGAACUAGGAGUCUCCACAAGUCCCAACCAUGUACCGCCUCCUAUGCCAGCAACCGUAUCUACGGUAGUUCCCAUCACAGCCGGAUUAACUAAUGUCAAUGGCGGACCAGCGCAUACUUUAGAAACAAAAAUGGCAAAUAGAACAGUAAGACAGGAAUCGGCGGAAAGCGAGAGGGAAGCUCUAUUAGCACCAGAUUUAGAUCCCUUGAAUCAAACACCUGUGCACCCAAGUCAUCUGAGUCAUGAAAACUUAAAAAUGCACCACAACAGACUCUUUGGAAAUGAGGGUGCUGCUGAAGAUUCUGACAGCAAUUCACACUGCCCGCUUUUAAGUACAGAACUUCCUACCAGCACUCCUAAAAAUGUAAACGGUAACAAUAACCAUGAAAUGAGAGAAUUGCAAGAGACAACAAAAUUUACAGGAAGGAGAAUGGUAUCUGGUAGCGCAGCGACCAGAAUCUGACUAAGAUAUUACUUGGGACAGAUGUUUGGAGAUAAAUGGAAAAUGGCUGGUGGGACAUCCCGAAGACGCAGACCGGUCAGACGUAAUACAGAAGCAUCAUGUUCAAUGACGAUGCCUCCGAUCAAGUUUAGAUCGAAUUCUCAACCAGACAAUAUAUAACAUCGCACUUGUGGUGAACUCGAAUUGUGCAUUUUUGAUUAUUUCCGUAAUGACCAUUAAAACAAAACAGUCUAACUAGAAGCGAUUUUAAUAAAACACCAAAAAUAUU